GCGAUUACUUUCGCAGUUUCGCUCGUUGGCCGGAUGACAUGCCGUCAAGCAAAAAUUACCCUUAUGAUAUAGAAACCUUAAUGCAAGACUCUGCCGCCAACAUGGCAAUGGGCGACGCGAGCAUCGCAGCUGAGGCAGCUGCGCUGCGUGUGAAGAAUGCAAGCUUGGAGCGGGAGGUAGAGUCGCUUCGGGAGCAGCUGCUGGCGCUGCGAGCGGAGCUUGGGAGCGCGAAAACCCAGGAGGACACCUCGAGUGGAGCCGCGGAGCAGCGCAAUGGCGGGGCCACGGCCACCACAUCAUUAUCCACGGCGCCAUCCUCGGCCCCGGCCCCGCCCCGCGCAGCGCCGCGGCACGGCCUCAGCAGGGCGCAGGUGGAGCGCUACUCGCGGCACCUGCUGCUGCCCGCGUUCGGUGUGGCGGCGCAGGAGCGGCUGCUGCGCGGCGGCGUGUUGGUGGUGGGGUGCGGCGGACUGGGCUCGCCGGUGGCCAUGUACCUGGCGGCGGCGGGCGUGGGCCGGCUGGGUCUGGUGGACCAUGACACUGUGGACGUCACCAACCUGCACCGCCAGGUGAUGCACAGCACAGCGCGGGUGGGGCAGCACAAGGCGGCGUCCGGGCGCGCCACCUGCACCGCCAUCAACCCCACCAUACAGGUGGAGGCUCACAUGUGCGGCUUCACGCCGGCCAAUGCGCUAGAGCUGGUGGACAGGUACGACGUGGUCGUGGAUGCCUCCGACAACCCAGCCACCCGCUACCUGGUCAGCGACGCAUGUGUGGUGGCUGGCAAGCCGCUGGUGUCGGCGGCGGCGGUGGGCACGGACGGCCAGAUCACCGUCUACAACUACGGCCCGGACGGCCCCUGCUACCGCUGUCUGUUCCCCGAGUCGCCGGCCCCGGAGAACUGCAGCCGCUGCGGCGAGGCGGGAGUGCUGGGCGUGGUGCCGGGCGUGAUGGGCUGCCUGCAGGCGCUGGAGGCGAUCAAGGUGCUGGCGGGUGUGGGCGACGUGAGCUCCAAGAAGCUCACCAUCUUUGACGCGCUGUCGGGCCGCUUCACGGCCGUCAAGCUGCGCGGCCGCAGCCCCGCCUGCCUCGCCUGCGGCGCCGCGCCGCUGCUCAGCCGCGCCAACCUGGCCGCCCACGACUACGUGCGCUUCACGGGCCAGCCGCUGGACGACGGGCCGCCGGAGGACCUGGAGCUGCUGGACCCACGCGUCCGGCUGCAGCCCGCACAGGUGGCAGAGCUGAUGAGGCAGCAGCAGCAGCAGCAGGGGAGCGCAGAGCCGGUGGCGGCGGCGGCUGCAGAGGCGGCGGGGCCCACAACAGCAGAGGCGGCGGCGGCGGUACAGUGCCGCAGUACGGUUUUCCUGGACGUACGGCCUCAGCCGCAGUACGACGUGGUGGCGCUGCCGGGUGUCGUACACGUGCCCUUUGAGCGCCUGGAGCAGCGGCUGGCCGAGGUGCUGGCGCUGUGUGGCUGUAGCAGCAGCAGCAGCAGUGGUGACGGCGGCGUUGGUGGCAGUAGCAGUGGCAGUAGCAAUGGCGAUGGAGGCAGUUGCAAUGGUGGCGGCGGUGCAGGCAGUAGCAAUGGCGGCGGCGGUGCGGGCUGUGGUGUGGGGGCAGGGGCGGCGGCAUCGGGCGAGGCAGGGGAGCAGCCGGCGGCGGCGGCGGCGGCGGCGGCGGCGGCGGCGGAAAGCCCUCCUCGGGUUGUGGUGCUGUGCCGGCGUGGCAACAACUCGCAGCGGGUGGCGGCGCGGCUGGCGGCGGCGGGGGUGGCGGGGGUGACGGACAUGCGGGGCGGGUACCAGGCGUGGGCGCGGGAGGUGGACCCGGACGUGCCGCUGCUGUGAUCACGAUGAGGGGGCUGUGGGCUGUGGGUGCUGAGCGGUGCGGGCUUGGGCUGUGGACUGAGGGCUGAGGGUUGUGGGUACAGAGCGGCGUGCGAACUGUCAGCUGGGCUACGGUGCUGCUGGCCCUUGACGAGUGACGCGUUUGAACGACGAGGUAGGCUUCAGGGUAGGAGUGCUGGUCGUCUUCAUUCCGCCGGCAUGAGAGCUACCAACUGGGCUGUGAGGUGUAACGUGAGCGGAAGCUGACAUGAGCUGGUCUGAUGGGAGUGUAGCAUGAAGGCGGCGGCGAUGAUCACUCUACCGGAAUUU